ACCUCAGCCAAUGGGAUUCGGACAUAUCCGGCUUCGCAGCAGAGGGAAGUUCACUGUUGUCACUUUACAAAGGAGAACGUUUUCUGAUAGUGAAUUUGAACACAACAUACAGUAGGGUUCGAUGAGAGACAAGGAAGAGAUGGAGAGAGUUUCGGUCUAAGACGGCCCAGCACUUCCCUCCUUGCUACCCUGCUCUGCAACAGGCUGCCCCAGCCCCAAUAGCACCAUGUCCCAGGCCCAGACGGGAUCCAUGGCUGGCCUAACGCCCCAGGAGGUAGCCUUCUGGUUAGGAAAGGCAGUGGAGUGGGGCCAGACUGAGAGCCCAGACACCCAGAGAGACACCUGCCUCCACCUGGGCCCUCUCAGGGCCUUCCUCCAGCUCCUCCUUACACACAUACACACACGGAGCUCCACCACAGAGACCAUGAGGACUAUUCCCUUCGUAGGCCAGUUCCUCGGCCGCCUCUGCUGGAACCCCUAUGUCACUGCGGAUGCUGAGAGCCGCUCGCGCCUGCUCCAGAGUCUGUGGAGUCUAUAUUCAGAGAAACCUCACAACGCUGUCGAGAGGAAGGCCAACCAGUGGAUACGGAAUUUGUUAUGUCAGCUUGCUACAGAAGAAGAGGACAGUACAACACAUAUGUUAGUGAAACAUAUGGGCCUGCCACCAAAGGAAUACAAUCUAAAGGUUCUAAGAAAGAUGGUGUGGUUGCUAGUGGAGGAGGUUGGGGAGAGCUGCAGCAGUUUGGCUGACCGUAACCCGAGGUGUUCGUGUGACAGCGUUCUUGCUGCAUCAGUGGCAUGUGUCCCCCUGGUCACAUGUCCUGAGACUGCUCCUCUCAUUGGUGCGUUGCUGCAGCGGCCGGUGACCUGCGAUAAGGCAGCCCUCAGCCAGGACUUCCUGGAUGCUGUAAGCUCCGCCUACUCCAGAAAGUGUGUGUCUCUGGAGGCCCAGGCAGUGGUGUCUCUGUGGUGCCAUAACCUGGCCAGCCUAGAGGGGGCAGUAGUGUCUCUACUGGACUCUGUGCUCUCCAACCCAGCCUCCAUACCGCACAACCUAGAGAACACCAUCACUCACUCACUACUGCCUAAAGCCUGCUCCCAGCACAGCUCCAUAUUCUUAAUAGUGAACGACAUCGUCAGGUCCAUGCUGGUGCAGGUGGAGGGGAACCAGACUCUGCUCUCUCUUAUCCACACCUUCACCCUCUGCUUCCUCAGGGAACUGGCAGCCCUGCAGCCUCAGGAGUGUGUGUCCUUGAAGGCCUUCUUCCCACACACACCCCAGAGCUUACUGGCCCCUCUGCUGACCCAUCCUUCAGAAAUGGCCCAGGAGGCGUGGCCAGAACACCUGGCCUGGAUCACUGCAUCACUACAGAGACUCACAGAGGAAGAAGAGGAAGGCAACAGGGGUCAGUGUGGAGUGUUUGAGGCCUGGUUCCUGCUGGUGCAGUGUGCUGACUGGUUGGAGGUGGCCAGCCAGCUACUGGUCUCAGCCAGACCCCAGGACUGUGGCCCCCUGCUGUGGCUCCUCACCUUCUAUCACCACCCUACCAACAGGGGGCACCACCGGACACAGCAGCUGGUGGCGGCCAGAGAAGUCUGGGAUCACCUGAGGUCACUCUUCCUGCUCUCGGCUCCUCCCCUUCCUGCUGACCAACUGCAGUCAUUGGCCGGGCUGAUGUCAGCCGUCCCCCAGCAGCCGUCCCUGGACUUGCUAUUGGUCGUCAGCCUCCUGGUCAACUUUGCAGUUUUCUCCCACAACCCCCUGAGUGGUGCCAGGGAGAUAGUCCGCAUGGUGGUGCAGCAGUCAGGGCUGGUCCGUGAGGCAGUGUGCGUUCUCGACACGGUUGAGCUCCGACUAAACAGAGAGAGAGCCUCCUCCAGCCUCACUGACAGAGUUAAGCUCAGGACCAGGGCUCUUCGGGGCACACUCACACACAUGGGUCGUUGUCCUGUUGGAAGGUGAACCUUCGCCCCAGUCGGAGGUCCAGCGCUCUGGAGCAAGUUUUCAUCAAGGAUCUCUCUGUACUUUGCUCCGUUCAUCUUUCCCUCAAUCCUGACUAGUCUCACAGUCCCUGCCACUGAAAAACAUCCCCACAGCAUGAUGCUGCCACCAUCAUGCUUCACCGUAGGGAUGGUGCCAGGUUUCCUCAAGAUGUGAUGCUUGGCAUUCAGGCCAAAGAGUUCAAUCUUGGUUUCAUCAAAUCAGAGAAUCUUGCUGUCAUGUGCCUUUUACUGAGUAGUGGCUUCUGUCUGGCCACUCUAUCAUGAAGCCCUGAUUAGUGGAGUGCUGCAAAGAUAGGAGAACCUUCCAGAAGGACAACCAUCUCCACAGAGGAACGACAGAGUGACCAUGGGGUUCUUUGUCACCUCUCUGACCAAGGCACUUCUCCUCCGAUUGCUCAGUUUGGCCAGGUGGCCAGCUCUAGGAAGAGUCUUGGUGGUUCCAAACUUCUUUCAUGUAAGAAGGAUGGAGGCCACUGUGUUCUUGGGGACCUUCAAUGCUGCAGACAUUUUUUGGGCACCCUUCCCCAGAUCUGUGCCUCGACACAAUCCUGUCUCGGGGCUCUACGGGCAAUUCCUUUGACCUCAUGGCUUAAUUUUUGCUCUGACAUGCACUGUCAACUGUGGGACCUUAUAUAGACAGGUGUGUGCCCUUCAAAAUCAUUUACAAUCAAUUGAAUUUACCACAAGUGGACUCCAAUCAAGUUGUAGAAAUAUCUCAAGGAUGAUCAAUGGAAACAGGAUGCACCUGAGCUCAAUUUCACAGUCUCAUAGCAAAGGGUCUGAAUAUUUAUGUAAAGAAGGUAUUUCUGUUUUUAUUUUUUUUAUAAAUUUGAAAAAAAAUCUAAACCUGUUUUUGCUUUGUGUGUUUUGCAUUUCCGAAUGCACUGUAUAUAGGGAAUGUGCUCUGGUCAAAAGUAGUGUACUAAAUAGAGAAUAGGGUGCCAUUUGGUAUGCAUCCGCUGGGGGUAUCAGUCAUGUGUGUUGUUGCGUAGCUCUUCAGGGCUGGAGGAUGAUGCCGAUGGCUGUCUGUCUGGUCGUGUGUUGGUAUGGGCUGGACUCCUGUUCCUGCUGAACUGAGCCAGUCAUUCAGUAGUACUGUUAUCAGCUCAGUAGGCACAGGAGGCACAGUCCUAGACUAGUCCUCGCUCUCUUCUUCAACAUUUUGUAAUGAAAUGUUGCCUUUGGUCUUUGUUGCUGAGACACGCCUGCAUCUCUGGGAGGCAAGCCUCUUUCAGUCUUCCAAUAUGAAUUGAGGGCCUAUAUUCGACCACAAUGCAACAGUACAUCUCACUAAAAGCGGUUAAGUAAGAACAGGUGGCCGCAAUUCUAACAUGGCUCAGAGUUCCAUUCAUGCAUUCAGCUCCAUAUUAAAACACCAAUAGCAAGUCAGAGGUGCUGGAGCCUAGCUGGGAAAACAGUUAGUCCCACGCCAGGAAUAUGGCACCUCACAGUAAGCUUAUAAAAAUAGAAAAAAGUGAGGUUUACUUAGGAUAUUAAAGUGAACAAAUGUAGGUUUACUUCUGGCAUUAGAGUGAAAAUGUCUUUUCUAUACAUUUUCAUCGUGCUUUGAUGUGCAAGCCCAUUUCCCUUCCAUUAGGCUGUAAUAAAUCAGGCUUUAGAUAUCGUCUCCGAUGGUAAUUCCUCUCUUUUAGAAGCCUUUGAUAGUCAUUACUCUUGUAACAGGCCCUAAAUAUAGCAUUUUCCAGUCAGGCUCCACAUGGACCUAAUUUCUAAUUCACACAUCUGUCCUCGCUUACAGCGGCCAUUUUGUUAGAGAAAGAAAAGACCAUAGGGCUAUACCAGCUCUCCUACUGCUUCCCAUCCCGCCACUGACCACACCACAAUUACCUUUCCAGUCCAGUAUGUUCAUUCUGAUCCAUUGGUCGGGAUGCAAUCAAAAGUGCGUUACAGAGCAGCACAAAGCAGUGGCCACAAUGCGCUUUUUGAAGGCAAUUUCCCUGACAUUUUGCCGAUGUCAGCUCAUGCGUAAUCACCUUUUUUUUUUUUUUUUUAAAGUCAAGUGCAAUGCUCUUGGCGGAAACGCGCCUUUGAUUGACUCCGGGGCCAUUGAUUAGUUACGGUCUGAGUUUGUUCAACAGUUCAACGUCGACAGAUUUAUUUCCGUUUCCAUACGCUCAAAGAUGAGAUGGCGUUGAGCGAUCGGGUAGUUAUAGCAAAUAUAGCAAACUUAUAGCAAAGAUCCACCAUAGAUACUGCUGUACCGAAUUGAACUUGGACAUGUCUGUUAGUGCUGCUGAAGUUUGAAAAUAAGAGGACAACGAAAAGGAGGAGGGUAAGGAAGUGGAAGAAGACGGUCCUCCAGGGCCCAUUGUCAAAGUGGCUCACUGAGCACUGAGCAGCAGCAUUAGCAAUGCCUGUCUUCCUCAUUUUCAUUAGCACUGUCUCCUGUGUCCCACAUCCCUCCCCAUCACCAUCAGUCCACCCGGAGAGAGCGAGCGAGCUCACGAAGGAGAGAGAAAAUAGAGAGGAUGACGAGAGAAACUGAGAAAAGGGAGGGGAGAGAGAAUAGAGAGAGGGUGACGAGAGCGACGGGGACCGAAUGGGCAGGAGAGCAUUACGCUAGGCUUAUUAGUAACUGCAGCACAUCAAACUUAGGAGACUCAAAGUUUGAAUUCCCACGGAGCACGCACACUCCCUCACUACUGACUCCCUACUGUACAUCUCCACUCCAGCGUAGGGUAUCUUCAGACAUGCAGAGACAGGAAUUUAUCUUGCAUGCGAAACUGUUCAUAUGGUUUACACAUUGGGGGAGGAGGGAAAUAGUGUCAACUUAUCCUCUCAUUCCACCUCUCUCCAUUGUUCUCUCUUUCUUUGUCGGAUUCUGUGCGUCAUUCUCUCCUUAGGUGCAGAACUUAGCCACUGUGAACAAAGGAGAUCAAUCACUGUUCACCAAUCAGCUAAGCUCUGUACCUGGUGGGAGAGAGGUCACUGCCUGACUGGUGGACACAGACACACAAUGCACAGGGCUGCACAUGGACACCCACAUAGACACACACGAUCCAAAAGUUUGCCCCUCUCCCCUACACGGGGCCUCUCAUCAUCACCCACACAAACACACCCUGUCAGAUCAUCAUGUCUUAUUUGACUUUAUUAUUGCAAGCGGCUGAGCGGUGGAGCCUCCGGUUGUCAUGGCAGCCGGCAGGGUCUGGCCUGGGUGGUAAUCCCUGGCAAUGUGAUUUUAUCUUAAGUCACAAAUCAGCACGCCAGGAACCCUCCCAGAGCAGACAUGAAAGACCAGGAUACUCUCUCUCUCUUUCCUCCCAUUCUCUCUCUUUUCUUCUCUUUAUCCCUAGCUCAGUUGUGCCAGGAACCCUCAGAAUCCUGACAUUAAAGGCGAGACCUGUCAAUCCUCGCUCUCCCUUUCUCUCACACCGUCUCUCCCUUUUCCCCCCCAGCGUCAUCACACCAGGAACCAUUACAGCCUAGACAUGAAAGGCCAAACCGGUGGCGUUCUCUCUCUCACUCUCCCUCUCCUAUCCUCCUCUACCAUUCGCUCCGCUCCGCUACACCGGCGAUAUGCCCCUUAGUAAGCGGAUCAGGCGGUAUUCCACAGGCAUGUACAGGCUGAAGAGAAGGAAAGAGAGAGAGGGUGAGAAGGAAGGAAAGCUUGGACUGGCCGUCUUGUCAUUGACGGACAGGGAGACAUGUUAUUGUGGACAGUGACAGAGAGCCACUGUGACAGGAGGCUGACGGACUGUGGCCCCAGCAGAGUGUGCGUGCGCGCGUGUAAAGUGAUUUGUCAGAGUAGACAGACAGAGCGCUCGCCUGGAAAACCUUUCUCCUCCCCUCUGCACACACAUAAAGCUGUCCUCUGUGUUUGUGUGGCUGAAAGCACCCUUCACGUCUUGCUCUUGCUUGGCCACGGCCUGAUAAAGGAUUUAUCUAUCUGUGUGGUGAGGCCUGUAUGUCUCUGCUUGAUCUAGACAAGUAUUUAGCAGCACCUCCGAAAAGAACCGCCUUCUCAUAUAUAAAGUGCAUUCGGAAAGUAUUCAGACCCCUUGACUUUUCCCACAUUUUGUUACGUUACAGCCUUAUUCUAAAAUGUAUCAAAUUGUUUUUUUCCUCACCAAUCUACACACAAUACCCCAUAAUGACAAAGCAAAAACAGGUUUUUAGAUUUUUUUAAACAAAUGUAUUAAAAAUUAAAACAUAUACCUUAUUUACAUAUUCAGACCCUUUGCUAUGAGACUCCAAAUUGAGCUCAGGUGCAUCCUGUUUCCAUUGAUCAUCCUUGAGAUGUUUCUAAAACUUAAUUGAAUUUACCACAGGUGGACUCCAAUCGAUUGGACAUGACUUGAAGUGGGCUAGGUAGCCUGAAUGGCCCGUGCUUUCUUAGGACAAGUUCUAGUGUUCCUACUGUACUCCUUUAAAGAGACCAGUCCUCACUCCUUCUCGGUCUGAAUCAUAAAUCUCUUCUAUUCUCCUCGAUGGGAGGGAAGAAACAAAUAAAACCCUUGCUGUUAUGAGAAGCCGGACACCGCCUUCCCUCCCAGUGGGUGACAAUGCAGUUACAAACACACACACACACACAGAGGAAUUUCAGGGUAAACACAGUAAAAAGCUGCACAGGGCUAACUGGAAACACAGUCCUCUCUCUCUCUCCUUCUCUACUGUCCGUUUGUUUGAGGAACACAUUCCCAAAUUCCUGCCCUGACAAACACAUCCUGACGGCGCUCCUGAGAAACCACAGAAAAGGCAGCGUUCUGAGCUCUCUCCUCUCUCUCUCUCUCACACACACACACACACACACACACACACACACACACACACACACACACACACACACACACACAGAGAGAGCUCAAGGAGGAAUGUGUGAGAGAGGUGGCCAAGUCACUACACCCCAAAGAGUGCUUUUACAGUAGCACUCCGAAACAAGACCCAGUACACCCAUCUAAACGUGGCAGAGGAGCUAGAGAAAACAUAGCACUGAAGAGGACGUAUAUGUCUGCCCACUAUCUACUAUACUGAGGCUAGCGAUAAUACAAAAUAGUUUCAGAGCAAUAUGAUCCCACUUUAACCAGGGCAUAAUCAACAAGGGACCAUUAUCACUUUUAACAUAAUCAUGUUCAGAAACAAAUGGUACCUAUGAUUAUGAGACGGCACAGCUGGGGGGGGUCAGUACCUU